AUGACUGCAUCGCGAGUUGUGUUGACUCGAGUGCGCGUCGAUUCGAAGCGCGCGCCAAACGCACUGUCACAUCACUCAACACUUCCAACACUUCCAACACUGCAACACAUGAUGAAGACUAACACCACAUCCCAAACACACUGCACGGUGUCGUCACUCGUGGCCACUCUUCUCCUCAUUGGUCUACACCUCACGUAUAUUAUCACCAAAUGUUGCGCUCAUUUGCAAACAGCGAAUCACAUAAACUAUAUGAGAGACGAUUCGAUGGAUUCGUUGCCAUCAGAGCUCUCGCCUGUCAUACGAUUCACUCCACCAUCG